UAGCUUGCUUGAUGCCCAACUUAUCAUAAUUAGCGAUAAUAUAAUAAAAUGACCGAGCAAAGCACAUCGACAACGGAGAGUAGCUUGCUUGCCCCCAACUCCCUCUUAUAUAAUAACCCUCCAACUUAAGCUUGAAUACAUAGCAAACUUCCUCCAUACUUGUUCCCAACUUAUCUGUGUGAUCAAUAAUUAUGGCUAGCCAAUGUUUUGUUCGUCCAACUUUUGACAAUCCCUUUCUUAACAUUGAAGAAUUACCAGGUGAUACGAUUAUACGUAAACCUGAACCCCUCACACAAGCCAAUUCUGAUCCCAAUGGCACGUCCUUAGUUAUAUCUAAAGAUAUAGAUCUUGACAUCAACAAAAAAACAUGGCUGCGAAUAUACGUCCCACGACGAAUAAUUACAAAUCAUGAUGACGAAAAAUUGCCUGUCAUUUUCUACUACCAUGGUGGAGGCUUUGUUUUCUUCCAUGCCCAUAGUUUUUUCUGGGAUUUGUUUUGUCAAGGACUUGCUGGAAACCUUGGGGUAAUGGUUAUCGCCCUCGAAUUUCAUCUGGCCCCUGAAAAUCGCCUUCCUGCUGCUUACGACGAUGCCAUGGAUGGGUUAUAUUGGAUUAAAUCAACUUAAGAUGAAUGGGUCCAAAAAUAUUCAGAUGUGAGUAACGUCUAUCUUUUUGGAUCCAGUUGCGGUGGAAACAUGGCUUAUCAUGCAGGGUUACGAGUAGCAGCUACGGCAUAUAAAGAACUAGAACCAGUGAAGAUCAAAGGGCUAAUUUUGCAUCAACCAUAUUUCAGUGGAAAAAACAGGACAAAAUCUGAAGAGAAGCUAAAGGAUGAUCAACUUUUGCCAUUACACGCAAUUGACAAGAUGUUCGACUUGUCCCUGCCAAAAGGGACACUUGAUCAUGAUCAUGAAUAUUCCAAUCCAUUUCUUAAUAGAGGGUCAAAGCAUGUAGAUGAUAUGGUCGCACGAGGCUGGGCGGUUCUUGUAACUGGUGUCUCUGAAGAUCCUCUGGUUGAUAACGCACACAACUUUGCAAAUUUUAUGGAAGAGAAAGGCAUAAAAACUUUCAAGCUCUUUGGAGAUGGUUAUCAUGCUAUUGAAGGGUUUGAACCCUCAAAGGCAACAGCUUUAAUUGGCGCCACCAAGGAUUUCAUAUGUGCUACUAAAAAUUAAAUUGAACCAUCCUGCUGGUGGUGUGUUUGUUUCAUUUCCUUCUAAUAAAUCAAGUGUGCUUCUUUGUGCAAAUAAGAGAGGGGCUUACACCCUCCUUCGUGUGAGAGAUUAUUUUAAGUUAUUAUAUUUUCUCUAUUUCUUAUCUGCAUUAAUCCUCAAUCUUGAUGGCA